UACACAGAAACGCCAGCAGGCACCGGAGGGGGGAAGACACGUCCGUACACCUACCAGCACAGACGGCGUUUGGUUCCUGCCAGGGAAUACAAACGCGCUCCUUUUCCUUUUUUAAUUAGCGUUAUCAUUAUUUUUUUCCCUUUCUCUCAGCGUGCAGGCUAUAACUUUACUUUUCUUUUUCUUUUUCUUUUUAACCGAGCCGAGCAGGAACCGAGCCCGCCGUUAUUAUGGGAGUUUGUUGAAACAGUGCUGUGGCUGGAGGAGUGUAAAUGGCUGAGAGAGGUCGACGGACGACUUGAGAGACAACUUGCAAGAUGUCGCACUUUGUGGAAGCCUAAAAAAAGGAGUAUUUGUUUUUGUUUUUUACUGUUAGCGUGACAGGAGGUGGUGAAAGAGUAGGGGAGAGGCUGCAGCUCAAGGGGGAUCUGGUGUUGGUUUGUUCCUCCGGCUCGGAGAGAAAUAGUGGGAUCUUCCUGCCCCUCUGUGUUUCUCAGACCUGCGGAGACGGAGGCCGUCUUCUGUUUGGACAUCUGUCCAUCUCUUUUUUUCGUCUCUCAUAAGUUUCUUCUGUAGCCGCCAUCAUUCUGUGCUGUGGGGCCGACCCCAAGAUGUCUUCUAAUGGAGACCUAAGUGAGCUGGGGAGCUCUGAGAGCUUCUGGGAGCCGGGGAACUACAAAAGGACGGUAAAGCGGAUUGACGAUGGCCACAGGCUGUGCAAUGAGCUAGUCACCUGCUUCCAGGAGAGAGCCAAGAUAGAAAAGCACUACGCUCUUCAGCUGAGUGACUGGGCCAAGAGGUGGAGGGUUGUUGUGGAGAAAGGGCCCCAGUAUGGUACACUGGAGAAGGCUUGGCAUGCCUUCAUGCAAGCGGCUGACCGACUCAGCGAGCUGCACAUGGAGCUGCGGGAGCAGCUGGCGGGUGAGGACAGCGAGAAAGUACGCAGCUGGCAAAAAGAGGCCUUCCACAAGCAAAUGAUGGGAGGUUUCAGAGAGACGAAGGACGCGGAUGAUGGCUUCCGCAAAGCUCAGAAGCCCUGGGUCCGUAAGCUGAAGGAGGUGGAGUCAACUAAGAAGAGUUACCAUCAGGCCAGGAAAGAGGAGUGGACGGCGGCUAACAGGGAGGCGCACGCCAAGGCUGACCCGACCAAGUCACAAGAGGAAGUUCGCAAGUACACAACCCGGGUGGAGCGCUGUAACCAGGACACCGAGAAAGUAAAGGAGCGCUACUCCAAGGCCUUGGAGGAGCUGAACCGCUGUAACCCCCGCUACAUGGAGGACAUGGAGCAGGUGUUCGACUUAACUCAGGAGGCUGAGCGCAAGAGGCUGUGUUUCUUUAAAGAUGUCCUGCUCGACAUCCAUACACACCUUGACCUAUCCUCCAAAGACAGCUUCAAAGCCUUGUACCAGGACCUGGGCCAGACCAUUCGUGCAGCCAACGAAACUGAAGACCUCAGAUGGUGGAGGAACACCCACGGACCGGGCAUGAGCAUGAACUGGCCCCAGUUUGAGGAGUGGUCUCCAGAGGCAAGUCGCUCCAUCAGCAAGAGGAUGCACAGUGGAAACUCUGAGGAGAACGUGGUGACCCUCACCAACAUCGUCUCCUCUGCUGGAGACAAUGUCCCACCGAGUCCCAUUACCCUGGACACCAGCAGGGUGAAAGAUUAUUCAUCAGACUGGUCAGAUGAUGAAAGUCCAAAGAAGGUGGCGGUAAAUGGCGUCGGGGAGGAGGAAGAAGAGCAGGUAGAGGGAGUGCGAGUCAAAGCACUCUAUGAUUACACGGGCCAGGAAGCCGAUGAGCUCAGCUUUAAAGCAGGGGAGGAGCUACUGAAGCUGGGAGAAGAGGACGAGCAGGGUUGGUGUAAAGGACAGCUGAGCAAUGGCCAGAUUGGCCUCUACCCUGCCAACUACGUGCACGUCAUUGCGUCCUGAUGGCCCCCCCUCUAUGGCCACCCAAUAGCAAUGCUGCAAUCAAGAUACCAGGACUAAUUAAAAGGUGUUAGUGCUGAACAGUAGACCCGCCUUUUUUGAAAACAGCCUGGGUUGUUUUGGUUUUUUUUUGUUGCUGACUGUAAAAAAAAAAAAAAAGAAAAGAAAAGAAAAUGUAAGCAUGUUUUUGUAAAUUCAACCAGUGCAAAAGUUUCCUUAUUCGUGAUGGAUUGUUCAAUCAACAAGACGUCAGCGGCACAGUCGAUUGGUAGAAGCUUUAGCUUCAGGCAGAGAAGCAUCGAGAGGCUUGCCAAACAAACUGUAAACAUGCAUGUUUGUUCUGUCAUAUCUUUGUUUUCUAAAGGGAUGUUUUAUUGGACAACACACGUUUAGUCCAAAAAGAAUAAGACUGGGUGGAGAUGAGGUGAGCAGCAGCCAUUACAGCUGGCUCACUCACAAGAUUUCAGUGUAGGUUUUGAGUUUUCUUGGAUCCAGCAUCCAGGGGCCAUCACCAGGAACUCCACAGCUUUCUCUGCUCAGCUGUGGUGACUGCUGCUGUUUCAAAUGACAAAACCCAGUUAAACACUGACUGUGCCUUAGUCGAUAAGGUCUGAAAUAUACAGCGCCACCCUACUGUCUGACUGAAUUGCACCCUGGAUAUGCGCAGCACCGCGCUACUCUGAUCGAGGAAUUACAGCCUGCAAAUGCGCGACGCUGCCCGGCUUUCUGAGUGAGAGAUUACAGCUGUCUGCUGUAUAAUGGGCUCAUGGCCUCCUUCUAAACAUGGAAAAAACCUUUAAAACUUCGGAUACAUUACAGUAAAUUUAAUUAUGCAGGCAGCACUUGAUUGGCUUUCAUUUAGCUUGAUAUUUGUGGGCUUUGGUUACUUUUUAGACACUUUUUUUUAUGUGACAGCUGUUUUUUCUUUUGUUUUUUUUUUUUUUCAUAUUAAGUCACGCGAGUUUGCAGAUAAACAGUUGCCGCCCCCCCCCCCCCCCCGAUUAAUCAUUAGACAGAUCAAAGCAGUAACGUCGACUGUUACCUCUGGGUCUUUUUAAUCUAUACAUGUUUUUUUGUUGCUAGUCUGAUUUGCUAUGCUGGGAUCACAAUGCAAAAUCAUCUCAGACACAUAAAAACAAAAAAGUAAUAAGUUAAUUAUUUUUUUCUUUUAUUAUGUCAGGUUUGGGGGUUUUUCAUGUUUAAAUUUGUGUCUUACAUACAAGGAAGUCUCUUCUUUCCCUGUUAAUCUUAUCCCUGCUACAGCUAACCCACAUAGAUGCUAAAAUAGAAGAUAUUAGAUCUACUACAUUGGUCUGUGGAUUCUUUCUUUUUCUUUCCAUAAUUGUAACAUAUACAUAUACAGUACUUACAGGGAGAAGCAACAAUAAAAAGCUUUCUACAGCUGAA